UGGUUCUUAAUUAGUAAAAUCAUAAUGUAAUUUGAUGUUUAAUAGGCUUUUCUUUAAUCCCUCUUAUUAUCCCACAUUUUCGCUUAUCCAACGUUCUGCCGGCCCGUUUACGUUGGAUAAGAGAGACUCUACUGUAUUUAGGAUGCAUUGCAGAGCUUGAUUAAAAAAACAUGCAAGUAUCUAUAUAUAUAAACUAGCUGUGCCCGGCCACGCGUUGCAGUGGCUUAGUCUGGUGGUGUUGGUCAGUCUACAUUAGGUUGUAUUUAUGCUGUGACCUCCACCUUUCUUUAUACUGACAUUAGUACAGUAGAGUCUCACUUAUCCAAGCUAAACAGGCCAGCAGAAGGUUGGAUAAGCGAAUAUCUUGGAUAAUAAGGAGGGAUUAAGGAAAAGCCUAUUAAACAUCAAAUUAGGUUAUGGUUUUACAAAUUAAGCACCAAAACAUCAUGUUAGACAACAAAUUUGACAGAAAAAGUAGUUCAAUAUGCAGGAAUGUUAUGUUGUAAUUACUGUAUUUACAAAUUUAGCAUCAAAAUAUCACGAUAUAUUGAAAACAUUGACUACAAAAAUGGCUUGGAUAAUGCAGAAGCUUGGAUAAGCGAGGCUUGGAUAAGGGAGACUCUACUGUAGUAGUAUUUGAAGUCUGUUACCUUCUUCAGUAUUUGUGUUGAUUGAUAAUUGCUUGAGAUCCCUGUUGUCUUUGGUUUGUUGUUAAUUGUAAUGUCUGAUUCUGCUGAGUGCGGUUUAUAUUUUUAUUGUGGUACAAUAUUCUUUUUUUUGUUUUGCCUGUGUAGGUGUUUAUUAUUGUUGUUGUUGUAGUGGUCAUGAAGGUUGGAUAAGUUAAAUGCUACUGUAUUGUUUUUUGGAGGCCCACUGUAGCACUGAUUGGCUUCUCAGCCUCAGUGCCUGGCUGUUUCUUGCCUGUGAUGGUGUUGAUUCUUAUUGUUGUUGUUGUUGUCAUUGUUAUUAUUGUAAUUGUUUUUUUGGAGGCCAAGUGUGAAUGUAGGGAUUGGGGAGGUGGAUGAGUUGUGUUGUCAAAUUUUGUAUUUGUUAUAGUCACAAUGCGUUGUUGUGAGUUUUGUGGGUCCGGAUUGUGGUUUUGUGGUGUGGUUGUGUUGUUACAACUGAGAGGCAAGGCUUUUGUGUUGUGUUGCCAAAUUUUGUAUUUGUGGGGCGUUUAGUUGUGUGCCAGGUUUUGUAUUUCUGGGGCGUUUAGUUGUGUUGUUAUAGUCACGAUGUAUUGUUGUGAGUUUUGUGGGUCCGGAUUGUGGUUUUGUGGUGUGGUUGUGUUGUUACAAUCGGGAGGGAAUGCUUUUGUGUUGUGUUGCCAAGUUUUGUAUUUCUGGGGCGUUUAGUUGUGUUGUUAUAGUCAUGAUGUGUUGUUGUGAGUUUUGUGGGUCUGGAUUGUGGUUUUGUGUUGUGGUUGUGUUCUUACAACUGGGAGGCAAGGCUUUUGCGUUUUGUGUUCAAAUUUUGUAUUUCUGGGGCGUUUAGUUGUGUUAUAGUCACGAUGCGUUGUUGUGAGUUUUGUGGGUCCGAAUUGUGGUUUUGUGGUGUGGUUGUGUUGCUACAACCGGGAGAAAAGGCUUUUGUGUUGUGUUGUCAAGUUUUGUAUUUCUGGGGCGUUUAGUUGUGUGCCAAGUUUCGUAUUUCUAGGACGUUUAGUUGUGUUGUUAUAGUCACGAUGCAUUGUUGUGAGUUUUGUGGGUCCGGAUUGUGGUUUUGUGGUGUGGUUGUGUUGUUACAACCGGGAGGCAAGGCUUUUGCGUUGUGUUGUUAAGUUUUAUAUUUCUGGUGCGUUUAGUUGUGUGCCAAGUUUCGUAUUUCUGGGGCGUUUAGUUGUGUUGUUAUAGUCACGAUGCGUUGUUGUGAGUUUUAUGGAUCCGGAUUGUGGUUUUGUGGUGUGGUUGUGUUGUUACAACCUGGAGGGAAGGCUUUUGCGUUGUGUUGCCAAGUUUCGUAUUUCUGGGGCGUUUAGUUGUGCUGUUAUAGUCACGAUGCGUUGUUGUGAGUUUUGUGGGCCCUGUGUGGUUUUGUGGUGUGGUUGUGUUGUUACAACUGGGAGGCAAGGCUUUUGCAUUGUGUUGCCAAGUUUUGUAUUUCUGGGGCGUUUAGUUGUGUUGUUAUUGCAUGAUGCGUUGUUGUGAGUUUUGUGGGUCUGGAUUGUGGUUUUGUGGUGUGGUUGUGUUGUUAUAACCUGGAGGCAAGCCUUUUGCAUUGUGUUGCCAAAUUUCGUAUUUCUGGGAUGUUUAGUUUUGUUGUUAUAGUCACUGCGCAAACAACUUUAUCAUUUUAUAUAUAUAGAAGGGUAAUGGAAUCACGGCACCGAACAAAACAACUAAACUAAACACCCCACAAGCUCGAAAAUUGACAGCACAACCUCUCAUCCAUGCCGCUACGUUCAUACAACAAAAAGAAAAGAAAAAUAAAGUCCUAGCCACAGCAACUCAUGGCCGGGCACAGCUAGUAAGUUAUAUAAAGAGGAGAAUCCAUCAGAACAGUGAUAUAUAGUAUGAAACUUUAUAAGGUUUCACCACAGUUUAGCCUGUAAAACUGAAUUACUGUGUCGCGAAAGGAUGCAUGCAUAAGAAACAUUUGGAAAGCUCUGAUGUAGAGGCACCGAAAGUGGUGCCAAACUACAUUGGUUCUUUAAUGUGGAUGACUUCCAGGAACCAAACCCUGAAUACCCAGAUCUCGCUUCUUCUAGUUUGUUCGAAAUACAGAAACCAUUCUUUACUGUGUACAUUUUGCAACGCCCUUCUUAUCAACAAGUCUCUUCUCAAGAAAUAAAGCUUCCUGUUUUCCCUAAGGUCAUAAUCUUCUUCUUCUUCUUCUUCUUCUUUUUACAGUGCAAACAGCCACUCAAGGAAAAAGAAGCAGAGAUAUAUAUCUCGGAUUUGCAUACAAUGAGAAGUUUUUUUACCAACUCCAGGAGGGAGCAUUUGAAUCUUUGAAUUCCUUCCUCUUUUUGCCGAGAUAAAUAUCAGCGAGAAUUCUGCACAGAAACAGGAUUCCUUUUCGGUCGGAGACUCAUUUUAUCGUGAAGGCUUUCCCAGCAGCAAAACGUUAAGAUGAAAUUGCUCCUGAUCCUUGCGGUCUCUUCCUUCUCCUUGGCCUUAUGCCACGCGGCCUGCUUCGUUGCGCCCAUCGAAACAGAAGGGAAGGAAGGAAAACCAAAUGUUUGCACUGAUGUUUACGACGCCAAAACUUAUCCAAUUGGGUCCCAGUGGAACACAGCGCACUGCAAGGAAUGCUGGUGUUCGGACAACGGGAUGGUAUGCUGUGACAGGUUUGGUGGCAUUGCAGUUAUGGAAGGAUGCAUCUCGGUGGUUGAUCCCGAAACCUGUAAAUAUAAGUUCUACAAGGAAGACGACCCUUCAACUCUUUGUACUGUUUAAAAACACAACUUCUUUAGUCCUCUUCACGGAUAAGAAUAUUGAUGAAUAAACUCAUGAUUCAAGCA